AUGCACAAUGAAUCUUUCAUUACCAACGAUGGCUGUAAAAUCGCCUUCCAAUCCUCUCUGCCACUAAGUGCUAUUGUGGGGGCAGCACCAAAGAAAUGUGUAAUGCUCAUGCAUGGCUUCAGCGGCUCUAGCGACUAUUUUGUCCGCAACUUUGGGCCCCUGAGCGAACAUCUUUGGGUAGUUGCCCCGGAUAUGCGCGGCCACGGAGACUCUGACCGAACGCGUGGUGGUUAUCAUGUUGCUCGCCUAGCAGCCGACCUCGCAGAUCUUGUUACCCAUCUUCGCAGGACGGCACCUGAGGUCAUCAUCGUGCCUGUCGGAUGUUCCAUCGGAGCUGCAGUUCUCUGGACCUACGUCGAGCUGUUUAAGAACGACUUUGCAGGACUUGUCUUUGUUGAUCAGGCACCCUUGCAGGAUCGAUCGCCGUUCGAUGGAUGGGAUGAAUCGAAGGCACACACUGGAUGUUACGACGAGAAAACGUUGCUUGCAGCGCAACACAGUUGGAUUCACGACUCAAAGGCAGCACAUGUGGAUCUAGCAAUAGGAUGUCUGGGCUACCGACACGCCCCGAAGCAUGAAGACAGAGUUCCAGCAGAGGAGCAGGCGAAGGACGAAGCCCUUUUCACGGAGAUCAGUGCCCGCUGCGACCAAAGUUGGCUUGCAAGAUUGCUAGCAGAUCACACUCGCUACGAUCAUCGAGAAGCUAUCGAAACCAUCACAGUUCCCACGUUGGUUAUGGCUGGUCGACGAUCAAGCUGCUUCCCGCUCGAGGGAAUGCUCGAGACCGUGAAACGCGUCGAGAAGUCGAGGCCAGAUCUAGCAAGAUCAUCAGUUUUCGAGUCCGGACACUGGCUGUUUUACGAAGAGCCCGAGAAGUUCAACAAGGAAAUUAUUGACUUCGUUGACUCAUGUUAG